AUGGCCGCAGAUACCGCCCCGCUUCCAGGCCCGCCCCCUCGUCCCGCCCCUCCUGCACACAGGCCACGCCUCUUGUGCGCCCAGGCCCCGCCCAAGCCUUCAGGCCCGUCCCCUCGGACGCGCCGGUUUCUAUGGCGACGCGGUGCCAGGCCGGGGCCGAUCGGCACCGAGCGGGCGUGCAGUGGCGGCAGUAGCGGCCGUGGCGACAUGAGUGGGGUGGCAGCGGCAGCCAGGGCGCAGCGCUCCGGCUCGGCGACUCCAGGCUCCCGAGGCACAUCGCGUCUUCGCCAGCGCCAGGCCGGGGGCCUCCAGGUCCUGGCGCCGCAUCCGGGACACAGCGAUGCGCAGAAGCGGGUCAUGGACCUGGAAAAGAGCCUGGAGUUCCUGCAGCAGCAGCACUCGGAGACCCUGGUCAAGCUCCACGAGGAAAUCGAGCACCUGAAGCGGGAGAACAAGGAUCUCCAUUACAAGCUCAUAAUGAAUCAGAAGCCACAGAAGAAAGCCAACUCUCAAGGCAAGUUCAGGCCCCCACCCAGCUCCUUCAAGAAGCAAGAUUCAAAGGCUGAAGGCCUCCAGAAGGUGGACCUGGAAGAGGAGCCCAUUAGCGCUGCCCCCCAUCACAGCAGCAAGCUGGACAGAGUACCUGGGGUGCAGGGGCAGGCCAGAGAUGAGGAAGUGGAGAUCUCUCACCCAGGGGCCACCUUGGGGGCAGGCGUCCAGCACAGGGGCAGGCAAACAAUGGGUGCACCCCCCUGGACGAGCCUGCCCCCGUACCUGCGCAAGCCCACCACUCUUCAGCAGUGUGAGGUGGUCAUCCGCCAGCUGUGGAACGCCAACCUCCUGCAGGCCCAAGAGCUCCAGCACCUCAAGGCCCUCCUGGAGGAGAGCCAGAGGCACAAGGCUGCCCCUGCGGAGGCUGGGCCCAGUCCCCCCAAGGACCAGGAGGCCACGCAGCUCCCCAAGGUCUCCAGCAAGAACCUCUCUAAGAAAUGCCUGAUACUGAGCCCCACGCCUGUGGCGGAGCGUGCCAUCCUGCCUGCGCUGAAACAGACCCUGAAGAGCAACUUUGCUGAGCGGCAGAAGCGGCUGCAGGUGGUGCAGAGCCGGCGCCUGCAUCGCUCCGUGUUCUGAGUCCACUGCCCCUAAGUUGCAGUCAACCUGCACUUCCAAAGGAUCCGAAUACUUUUAAACCAAGCUAAAUUCCAAGAUAAACUCAUGACAGAUAAGGUACUUGACCUCCAAACUAAAGAACUGUAUAUUUUCUUGCUAUUAUUUUGCUGUUCUGCAUUAACUCAAAAAAGCACAUUACAAAAUGAGAAUACUGAAAAUAAAGCUGUUUCUCUCCAAGCUGUGUGUCUCACAUCUCCCAGCCCCUGGUCCCUAAUCCAGCUCCCUGUUAAGUCUGGAGGGGACCUGCCUGGGUGGAUGCCCUGGAAAAAAAACAUCCUUACAGCCACAUAUCCCCACACCCCACAAAGGCCGGACAGCUUUCCUGGUCCACUGGCUAGCUGCCUGCUAGGAGCACAGUUACUCCAGGUAUCCUGCCCAGACUGGUCGCCAUCCUCCCUGGAGGGCCAUAGCAAAAGGAGACCUGUCAUCUCCAGAAUGCUGUGUCCAGCCCCCCCACCCCAACCCCUGUCACCAGAGCAGCACAGAACC